AUGAAGAAACCGAAGUCAGAUUUGUGCUACUUAAAACCCCUUUACACUUUGUGCAACUUUUUAGCUAUAACGCCUCCGCACUCCUACGGAAGCUGCGUCACUUCGGUGUCGAUACGGUUCAAAAUUUACACGCUCCUCCACAUCGCAAUCGACUUGUUACUCUACGUCCACUCGUCAUACGGUCGAGAAAACUACAUCUACCAAACCAUGGACGUAACUGUAGCCCUUACCGACAAAAUCGCCAAUUUCAUGCUGACUUUCUUCAACGUGAUGCUGCGAGUCGUGCUGAUUUUCGCCAACGGGAAAACCACGAAGUUGUUUUACAACCAGAUGUACGAAUUGUCCGUGCACGAUUUGUUCGAGGCGUGUUCGCCAAGAGUGUUUAGAAUACACUUCGCCAUUUUUAAUUUUUACAUGGUGGCGUUGAUCCUCUCUGACGCCUAUUUGUGGAUCAACUCGGUAGGAGUGCGGAUGUUUCAGUACUACGUAGGGCGCAGCUUCACUUACUACAUGUGCAACCUCUCCAUUUUCCUGAUUUUCCACUCAGUUUUACCCAUCAAGCACUUUUUCGCUUCGUUGGGUACGUUUCUGGAAACUUUGGUCAAAAAUUUGGUUUGUAGCGACGACGAUGCUCGCAAAGAGUAUGUUCUAUCCGAGUUCAGAAUACAGAGCGUUCCGGUCAAAGACAACUGCUACGACUUACGCAAAGUGCGAAAGUACUACAACAAUAUAUGCGACAUGGUUGACAAUUUCAACCAAAUUUAUGGUCUAGCGAUUUUGAUGGUGAUCAUCGUUGUCAUUACAUACGUUCUAAAUUUGACUGACUUACUCUUGGUUUAUGGUGUAAGCAAAGACAAAAACAUCGGUGGUGCUAGUUAUGGUACCGACUUGAUAAUACUGUGUGGUUUUUGGAUGGUGACCCUCUUGAUGUUCACGAUUUUGCUAGCUUAUGGAUGCGCUGGUGCCAUAGCUAAGUCCGAAAAUGUGGCAAAAAUUUGUUUCUUUUGGAUAAACGAGAUCCCGUCGUUACCGACUUCUCACAGGGACCAGGAGCUAAAAGAGGAACUUUCGUUAUUGGUGCAACAAUCCACUUCACGUUGUCCGAAAUUUUCGGCAGCUGGCUUUUUCCCCGUCGAUUUCACCCUACUAGGGUUCAUUUUUGGCACCGUGACGUCAUACAUCAUUAUAUCGAUUCAAUUUAUAGACCACUGA